UUGGACGUCUCGGGUGUGCGCGCGCCGUCCCGCACACGCCGCCGCGAUCGCAUCGCGCGCGAGCUCGAGAUCCGUUUGCUUGAUACACUCGCGGUGCGUCCUCGUCGCGGUCUCCUCGUCGUCCGCGCGCGCGCGCCGCGCGGCGUCGCGCCAGGGCCGUCGGUCGGCGGUCGGCGGAAUCGUGCGCGGAAUCUUUCUCUCGCGCGCGUGACGGGCGUCGAAGACGGUCUUAGACGCGUUAAAGUCGCGCGUGUUGACGGUUACUUCCCUCGCGCGGGCUUCGACGCGCACGAACGAGCGUCGAGCGCGCGCGAGGGAAGGAAUUCUCUCGAGCGGGGACGCCUCGCGCGGGAACGAGGGUCGACGCGCCCGAGCGAGCGUUCGUUCGUCGUGGUGGCGGUUUGA